CCCAGAGUUGACAUUGUUGGUAAAGAUGGCGGCGGCCGCUGCGUGCCGUCUGUCCGCGCUCUGCAGAUCCUUGCAUCGAGUUAUUAUAAGCUCAUCAUCACAAUCUUUACCAGCAGCAGCGGCCUUCAUCAACCACAACCCCGCCGCACACCGGGAAAAUUCUGGUCUUUUUGGGUUGAGCCGGACUCUGCAGAACCGCCCUCUCCACACCUCCUGCAGCAGACUGGGCCUGGACCAGUUCUUCGACCUGCCCGAGAACUGGGGAGAAACCACUGUCAAAUCAGGUGCUCCGUGGACGGCCAAACAGCUGAGAGCUAAGAGUAAUGAAGAUCUGCACAAACUCUGGUAUGUUCUAUUAAAGGAGAAGAACAUGUUACUGACGAUAGAACAGGAGUCUAAACGGCAGAGGGUUCCUAUGCCCAGUCCAGAACGCAUUAAAAAGGUGGAGCGUUCGAUGGGGAGGCUGGACUUAGUGGUCCGGGAACGUGAGGACGCUCUGCGGUUACUGCAGACUGGACAGGAAAAAGGCCGACCUGGAGAGUGGAGGAGAAACAUCUUUGGAAAAACAUUCUGGUAUCGCUGUAGAGAGCACCCCGUCCCCUGGUACAUGAACAAGAUCUACAAGAGGAAGCGCUUCUACACACCAGCAUUUGUCACCCCCUACAGCAGGCUCAGUCUGGAGAAACACCUUAGGAGGAAAGUUCGGAGAGAAAACAGAGAGAAACAAAACCAGCAGAAACUUUUGGAGAAGUUCCCCAAACAGACCGCACAUGCAUGAGCCGACCCACACAGAACCACAUUCUCCCUCUGCACAGCUGAUGUUCUAGAUAAUUUAACGGCCUGUUGGGACAAAUUAAAGUGUCUAAGCAUCCAUCUGUAACAUGUUGUUGUAUAAAGGUGGGGUCAGCUGUUGGGCUCUGCUCUACAGAUAAAGGGUGAACUGGGCAGGAUGAUGAAUAUGGAACCAGUCAAUGUAUAUGUACUGAUAUUGUAAAACCUAAUAAUUACUAAAAACAAAUAAAUGAAAAAUCGUGA